AUUCAUUGAGUCGUUUAACGACAGUACAACAGAGAGCCCCAUUUAGCAUCGCACUCGGCGCUCCAAUUCAGUUGCGAUCGCACUUUCGCGGGAAUCGGUCACAAGGGCAGAACGAAGAUCCCGAAUUGAGUGUGUUGUGUGUGUGUUGUGAAGAAGUUGUGUGGUGUGAGGAGAAAAUCACGUCGGAUUGCGGGCUGUGUGAGAGACUAGCAGGGAUUGGCCAUCCCUACGGCAGGGAAUACAGUGUGCGCGCUGGUGAGGAGGAAGACCAGCAAAAAGACACAGAGAGGAUCGCCUCGAGAGCAAACACAAGAUGCUCUUCCACGGAGUAAUUCUCAUCACAGUUGCCCUGCUGAUACCUGUGGGUAUUGCGGGGAAGUGUGAUCGCAUUCCUGAGGGUUCAGGAGCCAACAAAUCGCCGGCCGAUGGACGCUUUCGCAUCAGGAUUCAGGGGAAUCCGGAGAGAUACACGCCAGGAGAGUUGUACACUGUGAGUUUAGCGGGCAUUCGCUCCAUGGCGGUGACACACAAGUUCUCAGGCUUUAUGCUGGCCGUGGAGAAGGAGACCUAUGAUCCGCUGAGGGACAUUGGUGGCAUCGGCAGUGCUGGACUGUUUCAGCUGCAGGGCGACACUUUGGCAAAGUUCAGCGAUAAGUGUCCAAAUGUUGUUACACAGACGAGUUCUCUGCCCAAAUCGGACAUUCAGGUUCUCUGGACGGCGCCGCCGCCCGGCAGCGGCUGCGUGGUGUUCCGGGCGACGGUGAUAGAGCAUCGCGAUGUGUGGUACAUGGACGAUGGGCCGCUGAGCAAGAUGUUCUGUGAGGAUGAGCAGGACAGCAUUGAUGUGCAGCCCAUCAUUGAGGAUCCAUGCUGUGCCUGUCAGGAGGCGAAGUACGAGGUGACAUUCGAGGGAUUGUGGUCCAGACACACGCAUCCGAAGGAUUUCCCAUCGAAUGGCUGGCUGACGCGCUUCAGUGACAUCAUUGGCGCUUCCCACACGGCGGACUACAGAUUCUGGGAGUAUGGACAGCAGGCGAGCGAGGGUGUGCGUCAGGUGGCGGAGCACGGCAGCACGCGAAUGCUGGAGAGUGAAUUGAAGGCUCAGAGUGAUCAUAUAAGGACGAUUAUCAAGGCACGCGGCAUAUCUUAUCCCAAUGUCACGGGGAAGACUUUUGCCGUCUUUCGCGUUGAUGCCAGACAUCAUCUCGUCUCGCUGGUGUCCAUGAUUGAUCCCUCGCCGGAUUGGAUUGUGGGAUUGUCCGGAUUGGAGUUGUGUCUGGCGAAUUGUUCGUGGAUUGAGAACAAAAUGCUGAACUUGUAUCCUUGGGAUGCGGGAACAGACAGCGGACCGUCUUACACAUCGCCGGAUCAGCCCACGAAUCCGCGUGACGUCAUCAGACGGAUAAAAUCCAACUUCCCCAAUGAUCCGCGGUCGCCGUUCUACGAUCCCGCCGGUGGCGAGAUGAAGGCCAUGGCGAGAGUGUACAUCUCCAGGCAGAGGUUGUACGACAAGAACUGCGAAGCCGCGGUGUCUGGCGAGGAUCUUGGCGGUUACGGAGGCUCCAGGGCCUGUGACACGACACAGUGGAGUCCGUGGAGCUCCUGUUCGGUGUCGUGUGGAAAAGGGGAGAGAUUCAGGCAGAGGAACUAUGCCAAUCCCAUCGUGGCCAGUCAGAAUCGGUGCAACAAGAAGCUGCAGCAGAGUGGAACGUGCUAUGGAUCUGAGAGACACUGUCGUCUGGGCGGCGGCGGGGAGUUCCAGCCGGACACUCCGGAGGCGAACAACGAGGUGUUUCCAGAGUGCGCACUGAGCGACUGGUCAGAGUGGUCGGAGUGCAGCAAGGGAUGCGGCAGAGGUGUGAGAACGCGCACCAGAGCUUACGUGGUGAGGAGUGCCAUGAAGAAGUGUCAGAAGGCGUCACCGAAUCCGCCUCAUUUGGAGCAAACGGAGGAGUGCUUCGGCAGGAAUUGCUCGGGGGACAUCGAUGAGAGUCCUGUGCCGCCGUACGGAAGAGUGCCGGGCAGUGAUGAUGAGGAGGAGGAAGAGCAGGAAGAGGACAAUGGCUACAACUUCCCCAAGAGGCCAGGGCGUCCGGGAGCGGGUAGGGGUUUCGAUCGUGAGAAUAGGGAGUGCAAGCUCACGCCUUGGACGCAGUGGAGUCCCUGCAACACGUCCUGCGGCCUGGGCAGAAGAAUGAGGUAUCGCUAUCCCAUUCGGCGCGGCAUCGAUCCCAACGAUGUGUACAACAAGGCGAUAGAGUUCUUCAAUCGCAGGCCGCCUGUGGAUCCACUGGACGAGGAGCCGGCGGAUGAGGACAUGGAUGAGGAUGAGAUGGAGGAGCCUGAGGCUGAGGAGGAGGAGAAGCCUUGUGACUCAAUUCUCUGCUUUGAGCCCGGAGAUCCGUGCUUUGGCGAGCAGUUGCUGGAAGUUGUUGUCUGUGGCCGAGAUCAGCCGGCGUGUGAUGAUGUGCCGGCCAUUUGUCUCCUGCCGCCGACUGCUGGAACCUGCAAGACGGUCACGAAUCGCUGGUUUUACGACUUCAGGCGCGGCGAGUGCGCGAUCUUUGCCUACUUGGGCUGCAAUGGCAAUGAGAAUAACUUCGAGUCGCGCGAGGAGUGCAUGACGGCAUGCAAGCCAUCGCAUGACAUCCAGGAGGAGCCUCAGAUGUACCGUGCCAUCGAUAGGAUCCCAAUCAGGGAUCAGACGCGCGGCGAAGUGACCAGGGAUUGCAAGGUGUCACAUUGGGAGCGUGGAUUGUGCAAUGUCACGUGCGGAUCGGGCUUCAGGGUGAAGACGCGACGCGUGCUGAGGCAGCCACUGAAUGGUGGGAAGCCGUGCCCGCGGAAGUUGACGCGGUACGAGCGCUGCGAGGGUGCUUGCAAUCCGCAGCAGGAUCUGAAUCCUUCCUGGGGCCCAACGCGUCCUGAGCUGUGCAACUACUCAGUGUGGAGCGCCUGGUCGCCGUGCAGGCCCUCCUGUGGCAGUCACUCAGUGCAGCAGCGCACUAGGUAUGUCCUCAAUCCCACGCCCGGCGCCGUGUGUCCGCAGCGUGUGCAGGAGAGACGGUGCACCGUGAUGCCCUGCCAGCUGGAAUAGCGCACACUGAGCCUUAUUAUCCCAAACUAUUUAAUUGUUACAAGAGUUGUUUAUAGACGAGCCCAGAGAAAAUGCCGAAUAAAGCGAGGUUUAAAGCUAAGUUUAGUGUCAGCGGAUGAAGA